UUUCCCUUUAACUUCUCCUGCUUUUGAGUUUUCCAUUUUACUAAUAAUGCAAGUCUUGAGAAUAAUUGGCCUGGACACGCAUAGACCAAACUCUAUUGUUCUUGCCAGGCAGAGUAGUUUUUUUGGCCAAGAAAAAAAUAAAAAGAACCGCAGCAGACUUUGAUUGUUUUGUGUUUUGCUCAUGUCUGGAUCUAAUCACUUGACUUCUACCGGAUGAUUACUAAUAAACAUUAACCUGUACAUUUCCCCCCUCCCUUUUUUCCUGCUAUAUGCGGAGUUUUUAAGAGUAGGUCUGUAAUGAGAGUGCGCAUGAAGUUAAAGAGGCAGCAAUAUUAGGAGUAGCACCGCGGCAUAUUUCAAAGCAUUUUCUCAGCGAUAUUUGAAAAACGGAGUCGUGCGGUGAACUCCUGCGUGUCCCUUUUAAAACAAACCCAGCGCCUGUCAAUCAGCGCGCAUUCCAACCAAUCCCAAAGCUCCCUUUUUUAAAAGCAGGUUUGCCUGCUGUGCUUUUAUAUUGCACCAUGGCCUGUUUCGAAGCAUUUUUUACUACCACGGUUAUUGCCACAAAUCAAGAGGGCAAAGUGAAGCGGCAUGGGACUCACACCAACUCUAAGGAAACUGAGUGUGGUUGCUGCUUCCGCGAUGUUCACGGCCAAGAAUUUCACAUUCAGAUGAUAUACAGAAAAAGGGAGAAAAAAAAUAUCAAAACAACCAAAAAAAAAAAAAACAGCAACAUGGGAGCAGAGUUUCUAGGUGCGUCCUGACUGCCUGCACUGGUUGAUUUCUGCAAACUCACAGGCAAACUCAGAACAAAACAUGACAAGCCUUUCGAGGUUUAGUGGCUGCCCUCUCUCUUGCGUCAACCCUGGGGAGAGCAAUACUGAACCCAGCGUGGUGCUGCCACCUUUGGCAGGGGAGCACAUGGGACACCCCACUGGCACUUCCUUAAAACUCUGCCCCUCGCACAAUUUGCGAGACUACCCCGAGACGAGGUCCAGUGCAUAUGUUGACCACUCGGUUUCCAGUUUUUCAGACUCUGGAUACCCCAGCCACCGCUUAGAGCACAGCCCUAGGGGCAUCAUCAUUGGAGCCGGGAUGCCACCCGUCACUGAUCAACUGGCACCAAGACCCAACCAACAUGGCGGGAUGGGAAGAUACCGGGACUUUGCUGGCUGCAGGGACAACAGGAGCCACGCGUUUUUUGCUGCCAGCUACCAGGAGCAGGCCCACGCGUCCACGGAGACGCACCGCGACCUCGGCAGUCAGAUGAUGCUGGGUCUCCCUGGCGACCUCCUCACCCGGACUCACACCUACGGCCAGAGCAUCAGUCCCAAGGGGAACAGCCAGCAGAUUGUGACCCAGUUCCUGGGUCUCUACAAGCCCCUGAACAUGGCGAUUCAGCGCGGGGGAGCCGACGCCUUCCUCGGGUGCGCCAAGCCAACGGUCAAGCAUGAGCUGGUGUGCAGGUGGAGUGAUGGCAAAGAGGCUGGAGCGGGGAAGCUGCCCUGCUCCAGAGCUUUCGGGACCAUGUAUGAACUUGUCACCCAUGUGACAGUGGAGCACGUCGGAGGACCCGAGCACUCUGAAUACAUUUGUCACUGGGAGAACUGUUCGAGGGACAGGAAGCCUUUCAAAGCCAAAUACAAGCUGGUGAACCACGUCAGGGUCCACACUGGGGAGAAGCCCUUUCCCUGUCCUUUCCACGGCUGUGAGAAAGUUUUUGCCAGAUCAGAGAAUCUAAAGAUCCACAAGAGGACGCACACAGGUGAAAAACCAUUUAAAUGUGAGUUUGAGGGCUGCAGUCGGAGAUUUGCAAACAGCAGUGACAGAAAGAAGCACUCCCAUGUCCACUCCAGUGAUAAACCCUACAUGUGCAAGGUCAGGGGCUGUGACAAGUGCUACACCCACCCGAGCUCUCUGCGGAAACACAUGAAGCUCCACUGCACCAAGGAGGACACAGCCAAAGGAGGUGACACACGUCCCGGUGAUGAGGGUCAUGCUGCGGAGGGGAGGCCGGUCCGAGCAUCAGACGUAGACCAGAUCAGCCCCCUUCACGCCCCAACCUCCUCUCAGGACAUCCACCUGUCCCCUGAGAGCCGGGACGAGCUGACCCCAAGGUCACGCUUCCAUCAUGCGUUUGACAGCAGUUUGGACUACACAUCGCACAGGUCACAGCCCCUCUUGGACCCUUUGUUGCUGCAGAGAGGCAGCUACAGGUCCCAGUCUUCCCAAUACCCCUGCAGUCAGACUGGUCACUCUUUUGCCCAGACCUCACGGACUUUCUCCUCAGCUUCUCCCUUUCAGAAGAGCAUCGUAAAUGGAUGGUACACAUGCCACAGUGGCGUGGACUCCUUCCCACCAAAGCAGUGCAGCAACAUCCCCUCCCUCUGAGGGCCUGAAUGCAAACUGUGGGCCUUUGUUUUCAUGUUGUAGCCUAAAAUGUAACAGCUGUUUCUCUUUUACUCUGUACUUUUGUGAAUUCUGUAUGACAUAAUUUCUGAAAAGUCCUUUUGAAUUUUGCAUUGUGAAGUAUAGCUAAGUUUUGUUUUCCUUAUUGCCCCCUACUUGUCUUUACAUCUCCACAGUAGGCUUUAUGUGCAAAUACGCAUUGCAUAACUUUUUCAGUCUAAUGAAUGAAAAGAAAAAGUUUUUUUUUUUUUAAAUCUGAGAUUUAUAUGGCUAUACCUAUCGGCAUAUUAAGUUUUCUCAAUCUAAAAAUCUGUAAUAAGAAGGUGAAAAGAUAAAUCUGAAUGUAGCCCUCACAUUAGGGGUCUUUGUUGAAUGUAAACUAGAUUUAAUGUAUGUGGAGAGGAAUAGAAAUAUUAUUAAUGACAAUAUGUAUAUCGCAGGAUAAAUCAUUAUGUGGAUGAUCUUCACUUGGGUUACAUUUUAAGAUCUAACAAGCCUGCUUGGUGGGCCUGCAGCAUGAUUUGACUUUAAUUACUAUACCGGCAGGCUCAUUAUUUUUUCCUUUUCCCUACACUUGAUUAAGUUAAUCAGUUUUCGCUCCUUUUGUUCCAUUAAACAUUUGUGCUCUAUAUUAUGUGUUUAUUUCACAUUUCUGUGAAAAAGUAAGUGAAACCACAGUGUUUGUGUUAAUGUUAAAAAAAAAAAUGUUUUAUUAGGUGACACUCCUGUACAUAAGCAUACAGUAUAAUUAAUUAUGUAUCUUACAUUUUAUUAAAGUGUCUAUAUUCUCUUUGAUCGGA